GGCGCUGUGAGUUGCUCUAUCUUUUUGUAUUGAUUUUAGUGUUUUUAUGCUCGUGCCCAUGUGUUUAUGCUUACUGUGUUUCGUGCAGGAGUAUCCUGACCCUUCGUUAGGGGGAUGGGUGCUUCCCGAUGCUCGGAUUUCGUAUACCGGAGAGAGUAGAUCCGAGAUUGUGGAGACUUUCCCGGAAGACCGGGUUUUCCAUGCUCCGCUCCCUGAGGGAGUACAGGCGGUUCCGGCCCGUACGGCCAACGCGAUGGUGGGAGUGAUCAACCGGUUGAAGUCCGCGUUGGUUCGGGCCCGAUCUGCACUUUCUUGCAGGAGCCCCCACUCCACUCGGACGGGGGCUGGACGAGCCGGGGCCGACGACGCAGGUCCCUCGGGUGGGGGACGCGGUCGUGAGGAGAGAGAGAGGGCACGGCGCUCGCCUCUACGGCAUCGCCGUUCUGAUGUGGGGACGAGUUCUUCCGGGGAGAGUAUCCGUGACGGUUAG